GUUGGACAUUAACAGACAGGACAGACAGAGAGGCACACACUCUUCUUCUUCUUCUUCUCUUUCUACAGGAUCGACUGCAGCGAUCUCACCUGAACCUGAGACACACAGGAAGAGAAGACGAGCCUCUGAUCGGCACUCACUGAGUUCUCACAGCGUAGAUGCACAGCGACAGAGAAAUGGCCAUACCCCGGAUGUUUAACUCCAACACACCGUUCAUCAUCGUCACCGGAGGAUCUGAACUCUCCUUUCUUGGCAAAGAGGACGACGGUCAGGGAUGCGAGGAGGAGAAGGACUCGCUGGUCCAAGCCAUCGCCCCACAUCUGAGUCGGGUGAUGCAGCACGGCACCGCCAAACACAUGAUCACCGAGGGGCGCCACGUGGCCGAGGAGAAUCCCUUUGUCUCCAUAGUGGCACAGGCAGAGAGAGAAGACUUUCAGGAGUUCAGUCCUACCAACACUCAGUGCCCUUACUCAAGAUGUCAGCUGCUCAGAAAGCACAGGUCUGUCAGCAUGGAAACCGCCCUCCUGAGUGACACGGAGGACGAGGACUUCGACGUGGCCGCCAAACUCCCAUCGCUCCAUCACCUCCAGAGGAAACAACGCAUGAAACCCAGAAGACGGAGCCAGGAGGACGGAGAGCAACCUCCAAUCAUCCAGGGUCUGUGGGUGCAGGAGAUUGAUUGGCUGAAAUCGACAGGCAGAGAGACGACGUCAUCAUCGGCUGAGAUCAUACCGCCUCCUCCUCAGUUUACUGACUGCAGCCAUGGAGACUCUGAGUGUGUGCGAGGAUUAGAGGAUGUGUCGCUAUCAGACGACAGAGGAGGCUCAGACUCUGAUUGCGGCCUGGAGCAGGACUCUGACUCUAUUUACACUCACGAGAGCGAGUCAGACUCGUCCUGCGUUGCAGAGGACGCCACACAAACACCUGAUAGUUUUAAAGCCAGAAUGUCAAGUUUAACCUUUGACCGGAUGCAGGUGUCCGGUUUUACCUCCUGCUCUCAUUCCAAGUGGGAUUCAGACUCUACAGGGUGCGUUCAAAGCCUGCUGGGAGUUUCAGAUUCCAGCGACACCCCCAGCGCUGUGAAUGCAUCCCAGUGUGCCUUUGGUUUGGAGGACAUGAGUGACAUUGACACAGUUUUGGACGGCCUCAGAGGCAGAGUGACGCGGCUGCCAAAGCUCUUUGUUUCACCGUUCUUUAGAGGUUUGAUCAAACAGACUCUGAGCGACAGGGAGACCAGCACGCCUGUCAAUGAAGGACUCAUAUUUCACCAUCUACUCGAGCCCAGCAGCAGUCAGUACCGUGAGGGAGAGGAGUACUGCGUCCUGCACCACAUCCAGAACGGCUCCUACGGUGACGUGCUCUGUGUCCGGGACCAAAGGACUGGAUUCACAUGUGCUGCCAAGAGGAUUCCUCUGAGUCACUUCAGCAGCGAGGAGGUGAGCACGUGGAGCGUUCUCAACUCGCCUCGUGUUGUGGAGCUCUUUGGGGCCGUGAGGGAGGGCCUCAACGUUGUGCUCUUCAUGGACCUGAAGCCAGCAUGUUUGGCCCAGCUUCUGAAAGAGAUGAAGUCCCUACCAGAGGAUUUGGCCCUGCACUACCUGCAUCAGUCACUGGGGGCGCUAGAGCACCUGCACCACAGGAAGGUCCUCCACCUGGAUGUCAAAGUUGACAAUGUGCUGCUGUCUGCAGACUGCAGAGACACAUUCCUCUGUGACUUUGGUCUCUCAGAGACACUCGAUGACAACGGACGGAGCACCAAUGCGUUCAGGGGAGCCGCGUUCCCCGGCACAGAGACCCACAUGGCCCCCGAGGUGGCACGAGGGGAUCAACUGUGCGCCAAGGCGGACGUGUGGAGCAGCUGCUGUAUGCUACUGCACAUGCUCAACGGAUGCCACCCGUGGAUACGCUACUACUCCCACCCGCUGUGUCUCCAGAUUGUCGAUGAGCCUCCUCCUCUGUGGGAGGUGCCGUCCAACUGCAACAACUUCACGGCCAAAGUGUUCAGAGCCGGACUCCAGAAAGAUCCAGACAGACGAGCGUCGGCGAAGGAGCUCCGGAUGAAAACCACCAAGGCCCUCAGAGCAGGUCGGCGUGUUACAUGUUCAGGAAUCAUCUUUAUUUGUAUAAUAAUGAUGAUAAUAAAUGUCGGAGGUUUGAGUCCCUGGUCCGUCAAAAGUGCCUGUGAGAAGCUGCAUCCCGACAAGAGCCAGAAUGAGGACGCCCCCUGCUCUUUGUCAACUAAACCAUCAGCCCCGAUGUACUGGGUGAGUCCCUGGAGGACCACCGCAGUGGACGAGGACAGCAAUGACUGGGCGGAUGGUGACUCAGACUCUGAAGUGGAGGUCGACUCCUUAACGAGGGAAUGGGAGCCUAAAUCCCUGCAGGAUGAUUACGCUGCAGACGGAAGAGACUGGGACUCCUGCUCUGGUUCAGAGGUGGAUAUAUACAUGGCAGAGGAGGAGCAAGAUCAGGAGAAGUGGCUGAAGAGUGACGAGGACUAUGAGGGGGACUGGGAAGAGGAAGGAGAUGAAGAGGAGGAGGAGGAGGAGGAAGAAGAGUGGGACUCCUCCGUGUCUACAGGGUAUCUCCGUGCUCUCCGGGGUAUUUUCCCUUUGCUGCAAAAAGGCCAACAGACAAAUGAGAAUUCAUGGGGAUCAGAGCCGGAGCUGGAAUACCUCCGAGACGAUGUAGCCAUCGGCACCAGAAUCCAGACCCCGUCCCCUGAACCUCGAGACGACCCUCCGUCCUGUUUCAGCUGCUCGGACUCAUCACAGCUGGAUGCCUCAGAGAAGGAGUCUGAUCACUCGUCUGAUGAUCUGAGCUCUGGAGUCUUUUCCUCCUGCAACAGUCAGACAGACGGACACAUGGAGUGGUUGACCUCAGCCAAUCAGCACUCCUCGCACUGCUUCGAAGGUGUUGACAUCUGGAUAGAGAACGUCCAGGGCGAGUGUCUGAGGAUUCGUGAACGCCGGCAGGUCAAAGUGGGACACGUUGCUAUCGGAAUCAGUGAUCAGAUCUCAGGGAAAGCCUUCACGUUGGAGACCCUGGACAGGAAGACGGUGUCCUUUGAACAAGAGAUCAGAGAGCCCUGUCUGUGGCUGCGCUGCGUUCCUGCUCCUGACAGAUGUCAGCGCUGGAGGUGGAGAGUCAGAGACGGCAAGCUGGAGCUGAGAGAAUGAGACGGACAUUUCUGUUCUCUUCUCUCUUUGUUUGCACUAAUUUAAUCACUGACUGUUCUAAAGACAUGUGGACGUGUGUGCAUGUACCUGAAGAUGUGCUGCUGAUAUGACUGGUAGCAUAAAUAUAAAGUAGGACAACCAGUGCUUAUUGGUACGUUGUGAUUUUAAAGCUGAUUUUCUACUUGUAAAGAUGAUUUUUCUAUAUUUAUAUCUUGCCCUAUAUGCCUUUAUGUUUGGGGGGCAAUCUUGCAUUCUGUGUUUCCUCUGUGAUCUGGAAACUAGAGUUUGUCAUGUUUUUAAAUGCCGUUUAGAACGAGUGAAGCUGCUUAAAACAACGAAUAACUGUCAUGAUACAAUGUGAGCCCUCAAGACAUUAAUACUUGAACGUUACUGACAUUUUAUAUCUUAAUAAAAAAUGACCUCUGGGGCAAAGAAGCUGCUCA